GGGUUUUGAGUAGUCAGACGCCUCCUGGGAGUGGCUACAAUGUUUGAGAAAACAGUGACUGGCUUUGGCAAGAAGCUGAUCCGCCGCCGAAUCGUGGAUCUCAGCGUGGAGGACUCCCGGCUGGCCCGCUGCCUCUCCACCCUGGACCUUAUCGCCUUGGGGGUCGGCAGCACGCUGGGGGCAGGCGUGUACGUGCUAGCUGGGGAAGUCGCCAAGGAAAAGGCCGGCCCCUCAAUUGUUGUCUGUUUCCUGGUUGCUGCACUCUCCUCUGUGCUGGCUGGGCUUUGCUAUGCGGAGUUUGGGGCCCGGGUUCCCAAAACUGGCUCUGCCUAUCUCUACAGCUACGUCACCGUGGGAGAGAUCUGGGCCUUCACAACUGGUUGGAACCUGAUCCUGUCCUACGUGAUAGGGACGGCGAGUGUUGCCCGGGCCUGGAGUUCUUCCUUUGACAAUAUCAUUGGCAACCACAUCUCAGUCUUCUUUAGGAACAGCACCUCCCUGCAUGUGCCGGGUGUGCUAGCCGAGUACCCAGAUUUCUUCGCACUGCUCCUGAUCCUGCUGCUCACAGGUUUGCUGGCAUUUGGCGUGAGCGAAUCUGCCUUAGUGAAUAAAAUCUUCACUGCGGUGAACCUGCUGGUUCUCUGCUUUGUCAUCAUCUCUGGUUUUGUGAAAGGAAGCGUCAAGAAUUGGCAGCUGUCUGAAGAAGACUAUUACAACCACUCAGCCAUGGCCACCAGCCAGGACGUUAGCAUUGGCUCCCUGGGAUCAGGGGGUUUCGUUCCUUUUGGAUUUCAAGGGAUCCUCGCUGGAGCUGCAACAUGCUUCUAUGCCUUUGUGGGAUUUGACUGUAUCGCUACAACAGGGGAGGAGGCCAAGAAUCCUCAGCGUUCUAUCCCCAUUGGCAUCAUUGUGUCUCUCCUGAUCUGCUUUGUGGCAUAUUUUGGAGUUUCUGCUGCCCUGACCCUCAUGGUGCCCUACUAUCUGCUGAACAAGGAGAGUCCCCUACCCGAGGCCUUCAAAGAUGUGGGCUGGGAGCCUGCCCGUUACGUUGUAGCCGUUGGAUCUCUCUGUGCACUCUCAACCAGUUUGUUGGGCUCCAUGUUCCCCAUGCCCAGAGUGAUCUAUGCCAUGGCAGAGGACGGACUGCUUUUCAAGUUCCUCUCCAGAGUGAACACACGGACAAAGACUCCCCUGGUGGCCACUGUUGUGUCUGGCAUCGUUGCUGCUCUGAUGGCGCUCAUGUUUGAGCUGAAGGACCUGGUGGACCUCAUGUCGAUCGGCACUCUGCUGGCGUACUCUCUGGUUUCUGUUUGCGUGCUGAUUCUCAGGUAUCAGCUGGAUCAGCUGAGCUCUCCAAAGGGACUGGAGAUGGUGGAGCUGAAUGGAAACGAGGAGGAGAAAGCGAUCAUGAACCCCUCCGUCAGUGACUCCCAGGCUGCCCUGCAGGAGGGGUUCACCUGCAGGUGCCUCUUCAACCCCCGCAGCAAAACUCCAACCAGCUUGUCAGGGAAAAUUGUCUACGUCAGCACUGCGGCCCUUGCUCUGUGCAUCACCAUCCUGUGCCUGCUCCUGGCCCAGGGGAUGGACGACCUUUUGGAGGGCAGUGUGGGCUGGAUCCUAGGCUGCAUGGUCCUUCUGGUGCUUAUUCUGCUCUCCACCAUCAUUGUCUGGAGGCAGCCGCAGAGCAACACCCGGCUGACUUUCAAAGUGCCUUUCCUGCCGCUGCUUCCGCUCUUCAGCAUCUUCGUUAACGUUUACCUCAUGAUGCAGCUGAGUGCCGGAACCUGGGCCCGGUUUGCUGUGUGGAUGGUCAUAGGUUCUGCACAAUGAUUUGCCUGCAGGUGGUUGCUGCCCUAUUUUUCUUGCCAGCCCUUCUUCCCAGCACUGCCUCAGGUGACCCGAUCCCUGCUCUCAUUCCUUAGUCCACACUGCUGCUACCCAAGCCGCAGUUCCGGCUCAGCCAGUCCUGGAGCUGACAAUGCACUGCGAUGAGGCGUGUGGCCAGCGAGAGGUGAGCCUGGUCCCCCAGGAUUUCCAGGACCACCUGUCCUCUGAGACUGUGUAUGCCAGAGGUAUCCUCACACUUACCACAGUGGAGCUGGGCCCAUUUGUGGGCAGCAUGGAGAGGCAGAGGCACAGAUGGGCGAUUUUCUCUCAGCGGGCACCGUUUUCUGCUGAACUUCCCCUUCUCUGCUGCAGUCAAAAUCUCCACAGGGUGCACUGGUGUGUGGUGUCUGAGCACCACGUGCUCACCGCUGCCCACUGCAGCCAUGAUGGCAAAGACUAUAUCAAGGGCGCCACGAAAAUCAAGGUGGGCUUCUUAACACGGGCCCAGAACACUGGGAGUGAGACUGAGCUAGGGAAGCUGGUGAUGCACUGAGCGCUGGUGAAGUGCACACAGGUGCCCAAGGGCUGGAUCUGGGGCUCUGAUUCCAUCAACACAGGGAUUAUGCCCUGCUGGGGCUGUGCAGACCCCAUCCGUGCCCCUACAUGAUGCUGAUGGUGGUACUGGCAGUGGAGGACAUGGCUGGGAAGAGGAUCCAUUUCUCUGGGUUUGACAGUGACUGGCCUGGCGAGCUGGUUUACCAGUUCUGUGGUGUGGAGGAUGAGACAGCCCACCUCAACUACCAGCACUGUGAUGCCAGGCCUGGUGCCUCUGGGGUCUACGGCAAGAUGUGGGACCCCAAGCAGCACAAGUGGGAGAGGAAGGUCAUUGGGAUCUUCUCAGGUCACAAGUGGCUGGGGAGCAGCAUGGCUGUAAUGUGGCCGUUCGCUUCACAGCCCCCAAGUUUUGCUUAGAUUUGUUACUGGAUCAAAGGAGAUUAUACCAACUGUUAGAACGAGUGAGCUGGGGCCUUACCCACCAUCCACCCCAGAGACCAUGUUUGCGGGCUUCCUGCCACUGAGCCUGCCCUGUCCUUGGGGUCUGCACAGGCGUGUGAAGAGGGUCAGGGACCCACUGCUGAAUGGGGAUGAGCCUGUGCUGUUUCCUAGCAAGGCAGCUACACUACCAAGCCUCAUCCUACUUGUGUCUCGGGAAGUCUGUAAGUCCCUUGGGAUCAACUGGGGAAAGGCACCCCAUGGCAGGAUCAGGAUCACAGUCACAACUUUCCCCCUCUCCUCCAGCCCCAGGCAACAUUCACUUAAGGGCAAUUACAAUCAAGCUUUUCCUUCCCAUGCAGCUCAGCGUGGACAAAGGUGCACUUCUUUCUCUGCUUUCCCUGGGGCUGGUGGGUGUGAGGAGCCUGUGGCAAUGUGCACACAAAGGCUGGGCUCUCUUUGUUCCCGUGGCAUUCAGUCCAUGGUGCUUGGCCAGGUUCUAGUUCCACUGCAUGAGCAGAGGAAGAUGCACAGUCCCCGUUUCCAAAAGGGCUGGUGGGUAGUUUGAGACCCUGUGGCGGAAGUUAGUGUGAUCUGUGUCCCCCAGCAUCUUGGUUCUGCAAAAGCAGUCUGGCCCUUGGUCACUGAAAAGAGAUCUCCUGCUUUCAAUGUGUUACUUCUCAAGACUGGGAGGAGCAGUCUCCGUGUUUGCUUCUGAGCUGCGUGGAAUUUCUAUUGGGUCCUGGUGAAAAUUUCUGUUGGUGUGCUGGUGAAAGGGGCCUGAAUGGCAGUCCUGGAGACUGACUCUUCUAUGCACAGCAAGGAGCUCAGCUGGGGUGGGAAUGAGGCCAGUCUCCAUGGCUCAUCCAGUCAUUGCCCUCUGAUGACACUAUCAGUGAGGCCAGUUCUAAUUGGUGUAGGAUGGUGUGAUGUAAACACCUGUUCACUAAGAACUGGACUGAGACCCACCUCCCCUCCACUCCCACCAUCUUUUCCCCAGAGUAGGGCUCCCAAGUCUUUAUCUACUGGUAGUGGCCCUUACUGUUAAUGUAAUGUUUGUGAUGGAUCCCUCUAGGCUAAUAUAUAUCUAAAUAAAUGAGAGUACGGAUUUC